AUGAAAAUCAUUAUUCAAUAUCUUCAACAAACAAAUAAGCUCAUCACAUCACCACUUGUUGUUCAUAAUGAUCUUCCAACAAGUGAUUGGACAACACUUUUUCAACUUCUUGCCAAAGAUAAUUCAUAUCAAGGUAUGGCUAAUGGUCGUUCAUUUUAUCAACAAUGUCUUCCAUCAAACAGUCUUUCGAUUGGAUUUUCAUGUACGUCAGUUAAUUGGCUAUCAAAAGUGCCUUGUACCAUCGCCAAUCAUCGAUUUUAUAUAUAUGCCGAAGAGAAAGAACGUGAAGCAUUCAAACAUCAAUCAAAACUUGAUUUUGAUGCAUUUAUAGAGAAUCGUUCUCGAGAACUUGUACCUGGUGGCAUUCUUAUUCUUAAUAUUUCGAGUGCUGAUCAUGAAGGAAUACUAUCGGACUUAACAAUUCCUGUAUACUGCCGUUCAUUAUCUGAAUGUGUCGAUCAUGUAUGGUUGGAUCGAUGUUCAUUACAAUUGAUCAAAGCUGAAUUAGGUCCAGUGAAUUUGCCGUUUUUUGAACAGCUUCAAAAAGGACAAUUAACACUUGAUGAAUUUAUUAAAAUAAUGACCAAAACAAUACAAUGUGCUUUUGAAGGCUCGGUUAGACAAGCAUUGGAAAUGAAUGGACGUUCGAAGGAAGAAAUUGAUCAAUUAUUGAUGGAGUUUUGA